AUGAAUCUCGAUAUGAGCUCAGUUGAAUCGGUUGAGGCUCAAAUCCAAGGGCUUUCUGGCGGCGAGUUGACUCAGCUCCACAACUACUUGAAACAGAUAGAUGACACGCUACGCUCCGAGCCGACUCAGCUCGCUCCUCUCCUCAGUGAACUCGAUCCCUGCACACAUUCUCUGGGCUAUCUCUUCGUUUUGGAUGCAUUGGCAUCUGCGGCGAUUUCAAAAGAUCAAAUAAAUGAGAUUGUUCUCUCUGUAGCUAAGUUUAUUAAUGUGUGCGCUGUUGAGCAGAUUCGUUUGGCACCUGUAAAAUUUAUAUCUCCUUGUAAGCGGUUAAAGGAUCAAGUCAUGUUGCUGGGGAGACCCAAUGCGUGGUGUUGCUCCACUAUUGACAGAUCGUCCACUGAACAAUUAUUUACUUUGCAUCCUGAUUUUCUUCACACAUUCUCGACGUGGCGGUCUCUUCUUCUCUGUUUAUUGUCCAAAUCCUAUAAAACACGCCUUUCCAUUUUGGAGGACGAAAUAUUUGAGGUUGAUCAGCCUCGUGACUUUUUCUUGUAUUGUUAUUAUGGGGGCAUGAUUUGCGUAGGGCAAAAGAAGUUUAGCAAAGCCUUGGAGCUCCUACACAAUUUCUCUACCACUUUCCCGAAGUAUACUUCUUCUGCUGCUCAAAGGAAUCUUAAAAACUUAACUCAGCCUUAUCUGGAGUUGGUGAAUGUUUAUAGUACUGGAAAGGUUUCAGACAAGGACAAGUUUGCUAGUGACUAG